CGUAUGAUGAGUAAUAAAGCUAGGAUUUUGGAGCUUUUAAUUAAGACUCAAUUCUAGUCUUGUUUAGUAUUAGAAUCCAAGCUCGACUUACAUAGAACUCAGUUUAGAUAAUAAACCCAGACAGCGUCCCCAACGUACAUCAUCUUUCCUAUUCUGAUCUGAGCAUUCAAAACGGCCUCAGAAUAACUUCUCUGUUUAUCACUAUCCAAAUCACUUUCAUAUUCUAACAACCCACAAUCAUCUACGUGUUGUCCACCAUGGCCACCGAAGAACAGCCCAAAAUUAAGCUCUACUGGCUAGAACAGUCUCGCGCUCAAAACAUCCUUUGGCUUCUUGAGGAGCUCAAGGUGCCUUAUGAGCUUGAAACAUUUCGUCGAGUAAACAUGUUCGCCCCUCCGGAGUUAAAAAAAAUUCAUCCGUUGGGAAAGUCGCCCGUGAUCUCCAUUACACCCGCAGGCUCGGAAGAGCCCAUCGUUCUAGCCGAGAGCGGGUUCAUCACUCAAUACCUGAGCGAGCAUUUCAGCCAAGGCACCACCAUGAUGCCUAAGCGCUGGAAGGACGGCCAGGACGGCAAAGUCGGCGGCGAGACCGAGCAGUGGCUGCGGUGGCAGUAUCUGCUUCAUUACGUCGAGGGUUCGCUGAUGCCGAUGCUUAUCAUGGCGAUGGUCCUAGGAGCGCUCAAGGGGCCUAAUAUACCCUUCUUCAUCCGCCCUAUCACCUCCAUAGUCGCCAACCAGAUCUUCAGCCGCCUCGUGUUCCCGAACGCAAAGUCGCAGCUGGGAUUCCUAGAACAGCAGCUGGCGACUUCGGGAGGCGACUACUUGUGCGGCCCGGAACUCACAUCUGCGGACGUGCUUAUCAGCUUCGCGUUGAUCGCAGCUAAGGAUAAGUUUGAGACUUUUGGAACGUGGGAGAGCGGUGGCCCUAAGGCGCUGUUCCCUAAGGUGUUCGCGUACAUCGAUAGGCUCGAGGCACAUCCCGGAUACGAGAAGUCGGUUCAGAAGGUUAAGGAGAUUGAUUCGAGCCUAGGUAUCAUGUUCACGUCCAAGAUGUGAAAUUGAAAAGUCCUGGUUAUGCGGUAUCACUCAUCUUCAUGCGAGACCAUCAUGAAUACUGAGUACAUGCGAGCCAAAUUACGCCUACGUACCAAAUUGAUGCAGGACGGGGGCUGAAAACCCUGCUGCUGCCGCCACGCCGCUUUAAGCCUCGGCCUACCCUAGGCCCGGCUUUGAUUGGUGUCUUAAACUGAACACGGCAUGGAAAUAAAAAAGCCAUUGAUAUGAGACGUGCUAUCGAGUAGGGGACUUCGUCUUAGAUAUGAACUUUAUAGUUGGAGGAAUUAGUGAUUGUAUAUACG